AUUUUUAGAUGUGACGUAAUGAUGUUGUUAUUAAAGUUUUUGUAAUGAAAGAUGGUGGUAGACGUAACAUGAGAAGAUUCCUGUUUUAGUUGUGGCAGGUAUUUGGAUACGAUAUGUCAAGUCUUUUCAAAGGCUACCACUUUGCUCUUGAGCUGGACUUCAGCUUCCGGUAUAAGCAGAAGCAAGAACUGAAAAAGAAAAUAACCAACAAUGGUGGAGUGAUAUCAUAUGCUCUGACAAAAGAGACAAACUUCCUAAUUGUCAGCAGUAUCAACCAAGCUAAUACCACAUAUAAAGGACGAACUGCGCAGAAGAAUGGAACGCCGAUAGUAACUAUUUUGUUUAUCAGCAGAUGUGUUAAGGAAGGCCGAGUUGUUGACCCCACUGCCUAUCUUGCUAAUGGUAGCAAGCAACUAGCAGGAUUUGAAAGGGGGAAAAUACAAGUUAAAAACCCUCUCAAGAAAUCAGCCACAGCUAAGUCAUCUACAUUCAAUUUGAAAGCGUUUCCAGUCUGGACAUGGGGUGACAACAAGGCUCCUGACUUCAAUGAAGACAGUUAUGAAGUGGCUAAGAGCUGUCUCCUCUUGAAGUCAUCAAGGUCCAAUGAUGGUGACCUGUUUUACCAACUUGAACUUCAUGUUUUGCCGCUUGCCAGCCAAGCAUCUGAAAAUGAAGAAAACAAAUACCUGUACCGUUUUCGAGUUUUCUGCCAUUAUGGAAACUGCAAGGAAAUCAAGAAUGAAUCUAGUGGUGAAAGAGAAUUCCGUUACUUAACUUCUAGUUCUGAUGCCCUCAACGUAUAUUCACAGUUAUACCGGAUCAUGACGUUCCCGGACAAAGGAUACAAGAAGUGUAAUAAGUUUAUUUCAAGGUGGAUUGGGUCUGAUAAACAGAGAAAGAUUUCACUGGAGUCUAGCUAUGAAUCUGGUGCCACAUCAACUGAGGUAGUUGAUUUAGUGGAGCACAUUUGGCAAGAGGCAAAUGAGCAAAUUAAGGGGAUGUUGUCUUUACCUGAAGAAACCAUGAAAAAAGAACAGUUGCAAUUAGUUUGUUUAUCCUGGUUGAUAAACAAACUUUGGAACAAUAAUGAGUUGAAUGUAAUGCUUCUAUUUUGUAGCAGAAACAAUUUUGACAUCAGGAACAUAUUUGCUGUUAGUCGAUCAAUUGAAGAAACAAACUUUACGCAUCGCCUUGGAAACAAGAAACUUCUAUUCCAUGCAUCAAACCCUGCCAACUUCGUGGGGAUAUUUACAAGAGGUCUUCUCCUGCCUAAGAUAGUAGUGAGUGAUUUCGGUGGCAAGAGAAGGGAUCCUGGCAACCUUGGAAGUGGAAUUUAUUUUACAGACAGCAGCAGUACAAGUGCCAAGUAUUCAUCUCGAAGUACAGUUAAAGGAUCCCGAUUCAUGCUGGUUAAUGAAGUUGCCCUUGGCAAGUGUCUGGAUAUGACAACUAAGAAUUAUAAACUAUCGUCUGCUCCAGAGGGCUACAAUAGUGUCCAUGCCGUUAAGAGAGCAGUUGGGAAGAAGUCAGUUUUUGAGGAUAACGAGUAUGUUGUGUAUGAUGCAUGUCAGCAGCGUAUUCGUUACCUCAUCGAGUUUGCACUGCCUGAAGAUAAGAUCAUAAGCUUUAUUCAGAAAUCUCUAAAGGAAACGCUGGAUGAAAUUGAUGAUUCACAAAUGAUGGAUAUUAGUAUAGCUGAUAUACAAUCACUGCAGGAUCCAUUGGACAAGGUGCAGGCAGGGUUACAAUCCAAAGACAAUUGUUCUGUUCCACUGACAGCAGUACACAUCAGAGCCAAGCUUAUUGACCUCGCUGCCCAGGUUGUGGUAUUGCAAGCCUACAGAAACGAAAACAGUUGCGCGAUUGAGGCUAAGUAUGUGUUUCCACUGGAUGACAUGGCCGCAGUAUGUGGCUUCGAGGCUUUCAUUGAUGGCAAACACAUUGUUGGUGAGGUCAAGGAUAAAGAUGUCGCUCAUCGGGAAUACAGAGAGGCUAUUAGCAAAGGUCACGGUGCAUACCUGAUGGAUGAAGAAACACCUGAUGUCUUCACGGUUAGUGUAGGCAAUCUGCCUCCAAACUCAGAAGUGUUGAUCAAGAUUACGUACGUAGCGGAACUAGCGGUAGAUUGUGGGAAUAUUGUGUUUAAUCUUCCGGGAAGCGUAGCUCCUUGGAAAAAAGAUGGUGCUUUAUCUGUGAAAACUCAAGCAGAGCUAUUGACAAAGAAAAUUUCUGGUCUGCCUGGAAAUUUGAAAACAUCCAUCCAGAUUGCAGUAGUUAUGCCUUAUGAUAUUCGUUCUAUCGAUUCUCCAACUCAUGAUAUCAAAAUAAAGCACGCUACAACAAAGGCAACUGUGGAAGUGGACGAAGAGCUCUCAUUGGAUGAUGGCUUUCAGUUACUGAUUGAAUUGGCUGAAAUGCACGUGCCUAGAAUGUGGGUUGAAAGACAUCCAGAAAAAGUUGAUUCGCAGGCCUGUAUGUUGACAUUUUACCCUGAGUUUGAGAGUGAAAGCAGUAAAUUGCCAGAGAUCCUGUUAGUUCUCGACUUGUCAAACUCAAUGAAAGGAGAAAAUCUGUUGCAAGCGAAGAAAAUUCUCCUGAUGAUUCUCGAAUGUCUUCCAACUCAUGCAACGUUCAACAUCAUUACAUUUGGAACAAAUUUUGAUGAACUUUAUCCAGCCAGUCACCCUAAGACUGUUACUAGUGUUUCUACUGCUAGGAGGUUUAUUCGUAAUGUUAAAGCCAAUAUGGGGAACACUGAAGUGUGGCGCCCUCUACAUGCUUACUUCUUGCUGAGUGAUACAAAUUGUUUGCGUAAUAUCUUCCUGAUAUCCGACGGCCACAUCAACAAUGAGGAAUCAACUCUUAAUGCCAUUCAACACGGUGCAAAAAACAACAGAGUUUUCACAUUUGGGAUAAGCAAAACGGCGAACAAACACUUGUUGAGGGCGAUAGCACGUGUUGGAACAGGCGCCUUUGAGUUCUUUGACACAGCCAGAAAGUCAAAAUGGGCAAGGAAAGUCAAGAGUCAGUUAUUGAAAGCAAGGCAACCAGCACUGAGCAAUGUGAGUGUGGAGUGGCAACAAUCAGAUGACAAUGCCUCCAAACCCAUCCAAGCUCCAGGACAGAUAACAUCCUUAUUUAGCGGUUCACGCCAAGUAGUGUAUGGGUAUGUUCCAUUCUGCAGACAGGCAACAUUAAAAGCUGAAAUUAAUGGUGAUGAAAUCUCAACUAUGGUAUCUACCAAUGAGCUUAGCGUAACAAGGGGCAAAAUUCUUCAUCAAUUGACAGCAAGAGCCAUUAUUCGUGAUUGGGAGGAUGGAACCCUGGAUGUCAAUCCAGUGGAGCAUGACGUGAAGAAGGACGCACAGAAAUCUUAUAUCAUUGAUCUCAGCAAAGAAUAUUCCAUUGUGACGCAAUUCACCAGCUUCAUCGCUGUUGAAGAACGAGAUAAGACUGAUUUUGUAGGAGCAGUGUUCAAGCCUAGCAUUAAUGAUCUUGUUGCCAAUGAAGAUGUGGAUGAUCUUCCAUAUGUGUGCUGGGAAGAUACCGUCUAUUCAAACUUUGAAAUAUGUUCAUUGAGCGUUGAAACACCUCCUCCAGUCCAUGGAAGAUAUGAAGGAGAUUACAUCAUCAGCAAUUCUGAGGAUUCAUCCAUUAUAUGGAUAGGUAAAUCACAGUACAUUUCCUUUUUUUUUUUAUUGUUGAUUACAUUGUUUUAUGUAUGUCAGUGGUGGUACCAGCAUGUGGGCAGGAACAUGCCUGGAUCCCCUGCCAUCCGCCAACCAUUUGCUAAUGUAUGUAUGCAUGACUUUGGAAUAAUCUUCCAACUGACCUUCGGGAUAUUUCAAAUAGAAAAGGGAGAAUUCCCUUGUCUGACAUGCCUGGAGCCUGUCAUUCGAUGCCAUGACGAGGUCAUCGGAUCAAAAAUAAAAAGAUAA